GCUUCAUGGGCGUUGACUGAGAGGUGGCAGUCGAAACCUCGUUGCGUGUGACCGCAUGUAUUAUUGUAUGUGUACACCAUUACGAUCACUGUCAACUUUCGUUUGUCGUGGAAUAUUCCAGUAUCGCGAGUUUAGAAAUUUGCGUGAAAUUUUGCUGUAUACCGUCAAUGGUGAUUAUACCAAUCUUGGAGUAAACCCGUUGUCAUUCAACGUAGUAUCAUAAGUGACAGUAACCAACUUUAAGAAUAUUUACAAUUAGAUUGAUUCAGGUAUGCAUACACAAUGAAUCAUAUGACACAUUAUACAAUCUGACUGGUAGCGAAUUACCUAGCUCCCAUCCUGGGAAUGAAAUUCUGUUAUCACGCUAAACGAGUCAUACGUGAAAAAAAACCACUGUCCACCGUAGGCAAGUCCGUGCCUUGAGCCUAGAUUCGUUCCUAGACUCGUUGUGAAAGCGCCGGCGUGGAUUUAGCAUUUUUGGACCAAUUACCGGAGAAGCAAUUUUUGCAGCUGUCAGCCAUCGAUUGUAUGAAGUACUACUACUGUUACUACUACUACUACUGCUGCCGUUGCGAACCCGAAUAACAUAUCGUCUUGGCACGUUCGACGUUUCAUUGAGCAAUCGAGAAAAUAAAUUUGAAAACAUCAGUGCGUGAUUCCGCGCGGGGAUGGAUAACAACAUUCAUUACAACAUGCCGCAGGCCACAAAUGACUCUUCUGCUGUUUCAUCAGUCCCAAGCGAAGUACCUGCACUUACAGUAGCUCUACCAGCAAUCCAAGUACACCCCCAUAACAACAGUAUUAAUCGGACUAGUGUAGUGCCUGUAGGUCAAGCUGCACCUUCCACUCCAGUCAUGAUGAGCGUUGACGAAAUACCACCGCCAAAGCCAGAUUUCUCUGCACCACCGCCAUAUGAAGUCGCCACCAAAUUACCAAGCUAUGAAGAAGUACAGCGGGAAAAGACUAUGCAGGGUGAGACCACGCCACAUCCUCGCCCACAAAUAGUGUUUGGACAAUUAUUUCAGUCAGGAAGCAUGAGACCACCACAACAACCACGGGUGUUUCUAGCUCUGGACACAGAAGCAGCAGAAGGUGACUCGGAAAGUGGUUUGCUUGGCACAGACUUUAUGUUCUUCACAGCUUUCAUGGUUGCAUUCCUUUUCAACUGGAUUGGAUUCCUGUUGAUGAUGUGUUUUUGUCACACAAUCGCUUCUCGGUAUGGAGCAUUGUCUGGAUUCGGCCUGUCACUGGCGAAAUGGACACUUAUUGUUAAACAUUCCACUGAUUUAGCUUCACGUGAAAACUCAUGGUUAUGGUGGCUAAUCAUGGCAUUCGGAGUCUUAAUCUGUGUACGUGCCAUUAUUCAAUAUCUGAAUAUUAAACGAGGAUGGAGACUUUUGUCAGGCAGUGCUCAGGAGCGUUUACUAUUUUUUUAUUGAUAUUUCACACGUCUGCACCGCAGUUUACCUGAUUUUUGGAGAUUGUAAUUGUAUGAAAGAAAAUCUACUCUCAUAAAAUUUUAGAUUAUCUAAUCUACAUCAUGUGUAGAUCGUUGAAUGAUUGUAAAUGUAAUAAAUAGGAAAGUCAGUCUAUAAAGAUUAUGCUACACUUCAUCAGCGUUAUAAUGGAACAAAAAAUAAACACGAAGAUAAAAAACUGUGGCAUCCGUUGGAAUUGCAAUAAGUGAUUUUUAAUUUUGAACCGAAAACAGGUAAAUACAUUUUUAUUGCGCAAACAAAGUAAAAGGUAGAUUGAUUUAUAAUUCAAAGUUACAAAUGAACGUAGUUUCUUGCGUUCUAAUGUCAUUCAAACAUCAAUAAAAAUACCAACAUAUUGAGGCGCAGUACUAUCUACAGUAAUUAUUCGAGUAACAAGUAACAAUUGAGUUUCAAUACAUUAUCAGAUAUGUGGCCCUUUGCUUUUGGUGCAUUAACCCCGCCUAAAGUUGUGAGAAAUUCACCUAUUCGUGUGUAUAAAUAUUGAAUUAUAAUUGUGAGUACGAUAUCUUUUAUAGCGUUAACGUACGCUUUUAGAUACUAAUCCAUGUACACAAAAAUUGGAAUGUGGAUAUCCUAAAUUGCUUGUGCACACAUGAUAACUGAUUUAUAUAAAUAUAAAUAUAUUAUACAAAAUCCUUAGGCUUAAGCGAAUGAUAUAAUAUAUGUAUUAUAUUAUUACUAUUAUUAUUAUUAGUAAUGUUAAUGAUGUAUUGUGCAAUUCGAUAUGUUAUAUUUUAGUUUGUUGAAAACGAAUCUAAUUGUUGUAUACUUACAGCGUAUACGUUGUCUAAGAAAAGCUGGCUACGUGCAUACAAUUGUAUAUUUUAAACAACCAACAAAGAUGAUUAGACAUUUGGCUACUCCUGUGGUAUAUUAUUAUACAUAUAUUAUUAUACAGCGUGUAAAAUAGUUUAACUCAUUCAAUGUGUUUCCCUAUGUAUUACAUGUAUACGUGCAGGCUGAGCUUACUGUUAGUACAUAUCGUACUCUGCACCUUAGAUUUCUACAAAAACGAGAAGCAUAAACUAAUUACAAAUAGAAGAAAAUACAAAAUAUAGUGCUAAAUGAUUAACUGUUUACACGUUCGGUUGUUUUUACAAAUCAAAAAUAGGUGGGCUUUAAGCUAUUCAAAUUUCACGUGUAACUACGUAUUCAUAAAUAAUAAUUAUUAAUUAUCGCAUAAGAUGUGAAAAGAGAAGAAACAGAAAGAAUAUUGUAUGGAUGUAAAAAAUAUAUUAUUUGUAGCGGGUCUUACGAUGUAUUUCAAAAUGUUCACUGUAUUGUGACCUUGGACGGGAGUUCUGUCCAGCUAACAGCGCUCAUAGUAACGGUCAACACCGGAUAAUUAUGCAGGAUCUCAUAUAGGUCAAUGUGACUUGAUUGAAGAUAUAUGCACUGUGAAUGGACACAAGGUCACGGAUGAUCCCACUAUCUGGCUCUGCAAGAUUAAAUAAGUACGGGUCCCUCUACUUGUCAUGGCAACAGCUGAGUGUCAAUGUAUGUAUAACACUGUUCCCAUUACCUAGUUUGGAUUAUCGGAUAAAAUGAAAUCGAGUCUUUCCUAGUAUCAAAAUUACAUAUUUGUUAUUACCAAAGAUGUUCAUCUAUCCGGUGAUUGGUGUAUAAAAAAUUCACUUGCGUUGACACUGUUACGAUGAGCAUUCGUGUAUACGUGACAGUGUGGAUAAUUGAGAUUGAAAUUUUUGUACGUUGUUCCUCUUUACUUUUUGCUGUAUAUAAUGAAAACACAUUAACAUAACUCGUAUAUUAAAACAUUGUUGGAAAGUCAACUGAAAACAACAGGCAAUAUUGUGUAUUCUAACAAACUUCAACGUACCUUUACUGGCCUUUUUUUCCAGACUUUCAAUAGUAACAAGCUGCUUCUUUUUCAGCUUUUUAUAAAAUAUUUUUACAAUCUUCUAUUCGAUAUGGCAGUGAAGAUUCAAAUUAAAUGUAAUUACAGUGAAGUAGAAUAGUAGUGUUAGUCGUUUUGCCAGUCCGGACCUGUAUUUUCAACUUUUGUGUAACGAUAUCAGCUUGAUGAUUUUCCAUAGUUCUUCAAGUAUCGAUGACAUUUAUAUUUAUAAAAUCAAGAUAUUUAUCAGUACCAGAAUUUAGUUUGUCAUGAAACUGUGCAGUUUUUCCUGAGUAUUUUUAUUUUAGUUGAAUUAAUACAUACAUCUUGAAACAAAAUCAUACACAAUCGGUGUUACAAUACACUUAGUUGAAAUUUACCUUGUCGAUCUGGUUAAGUUCACUGUGAAUUCUCGUGAGUUUCAUAUUUUUUUCUUCGUAACCUAGGAACGUUAGCAACUUGGUAGCAAAACAAUUGGUAUAUUUAGUUACAUCUUGAGAGUCUCGUCUGAAUUCUGGUUAAAAAAUUUGACGUGCCUUGCUAAUUUAUUGCCCUUAUAUAAAGUUCUCAUAGUAAGAGACACUUUUAAAUCGUCAGUCACGUUUGUUAUAGUUGGUUAUUACUUUCAAACUC